AUGGCCCAAACUGCACGCAGGAUAAUUGUGAUGCCAUUCUACAAGGCAAAUACGGUUUUGUAUACGUGGUCUUUCAAGCGACCACUCAAAUCUUCGGUCCGGGGGAUAUUUCCACAUCACGCAGUGGUCCCAACGAAGGACAUCAUACCAACCCUUCUGUACGCCGGGACUCAAAACAACACGCUAGAGUUCUUAAUCAUGAUUCACACUUCUCGCGGCCAACCUAACGAAGCUGGCAAUGGCCAUUCCGACUUUGCUCGUCGUUACCACGCAAACACCGGACCAAAGUCCAAGCUGGACGCGGUGGCUAUGCUUGGAUACAUCCCUCUCAAAGUCGAUGAUAUGUGUGUUACUGAAGAGGUUCAACGGCAGGAAAAGGCGAAUAUGCGACUCUGUGAUUGCUCCAAUUGUCAACCUGAAGCCGCCGAGGCUCUGUGGCUGGCUCAGCCUGCCAUGACCGUCAACAACUUCGAUGACGCUCUUGCAAUGGGCGAGACCGAGCUUCUGCAACUUGUCGAAGACCUACCUGAGGCCCCACUGACUGAUCCCGCCGAGAUUCGACACGUGGCACAGGUGUGCCACACCGACGACCCUAUCGAGGCCAUACCGUUGCUGGAGACACUAGUCUCCUAUCUGGACCGUGCCUUCCAUGACUUUUUCUACCAGAUUUUCACCGACGCCUCGGAUCUGGGACCACCUGAUUAUUUCCCUCGCGAAUUGGCUUGGAAUAUUGCUAAAAACAUCGACAUUAUCACGAAGCCGAGUGAUUUGGCGUUAGUCCUGUCCAGUGAGACAAUCUUGGGCCAAUUUGACUGUUUAUUUGUCGCAUUUUGCCAGUGGAAGAAUGCCUAUCCAACCGCGGUGUUAAUAGCCGACGCAGCCAAACGUAGGGAAGUCAGUUACCGGGCCAACAAGUCAAACAAGGCUCCACAAUCAUGUGAAGGAGCUCAAAUCGCAAAGGAGCGCGCCGACCUGGCCAAAGCGGCCUCAAAACUGGCCACCGCUUCGGCGAAGGAAGCCGAAAAGGCGGCCAAGGACGCACAAAAAGCUGCGAAGGACGCACACAAAGCUGCGAAGGAACAGGAGCGUAGUAUGAAAGACGCUGCAAUGGCACUCUGCCACGCUACUCAGCACGGACUGCCGAUUCCCCCCAGUACGACCUCCAAGCGUCAUGCUGAAGGCAUCCUGGAAGGAGAACCUUGCAAGUUUAAAGGCAAAGCUCAAGGUUGGCCUGGUAGAUUAUCUUGCGACCAGCUUCAGACAGGAUUAGCUGCAUUAGCUUUCUUAACUGUGGGUCCGGGUAUAUUUGAGGAAGCAUUCCACUGUCAGAAUAUGUUCUACUAG